AUGGAGAAGAUUUUUUCAUUUUCAACUCAGGCCAACAAGAUAGGCGAUGCUUUCAAUCAUUUUAAUUCAACCAUAUUAAGUUAUGUGAUUUUUUGCCUAGUAAUCACAUCUCAGGAAUUUUCUUCGUUAUUUCGAGCCAUUCUUUUCGUUUUUAAUACUCCAUUUAAUAAGCCCGAUAAUGCUGAAACUUCAUCAAAGGCAAAUGUCAAUACUGAAGGGCUAUUAGAGGAGGAUGUUGAGUUAGUAUUGGACACACUAAUGAGUUUUUGCAACCAAAAUGGGGAUAAGAAUAUUGAUGAGGUAGAAUUGGUUGAUGUUUUCGAUUCGUUUGAUGAAACAGAGCCUAGUUUGGAGGAAGUUAAAGAAGCAUUUGAUGUGUUUGAUGAAAAUGGAGAUGGAUACAUUGAUGCAAAUGAAUUAGAUAAAGUCAUUUCGAAGAUGGGGUUCUUGGAAUUAUCGGUGUUGGAUUGCCAGAGGAUGAUUGCGCCAUUUGAUGAAAACAGAGAUGGAAGAAUUGAAUUUGGUGAAUUUGUGAAGCUCAUGGACCAUAUCUUUCAAUAA